UUGUAACCCUACUUUUUUGCACAUGGAAUCUGUGAUUCGGUGUGCUUAUUAAUACUUUUUUGCUAUUCCAAUAAGUAAAUAUCAAUGGGUAGAAAAGCUAAAUUUACCGAAGGGGUGGUAGCUAAAAAGGGACCAGGUAGAAAAACAAAAAAACAAAAGGAUCCUUUAUUUUCUAAAGCAUUAAUCGAUGCCAAGGAAAGUAACGAUGCAAAACUAAGCAGCAGGCAACGAAAACGAGCCCGGAAAAGGAUACAAAAAGUAGAACAGAGAAAGGAAAAGCAACUGUUAAAAACUCAAUCUCCUUCACCUCAUGACAAUUCUAAAGAAUCUUCAGAAGAAUCGUCUGAUGAAGAAGAACUUCUAUUAAAGCCCAGUAAAGCCGGAUUUUCUGAUCACAACAAUCAAUGGCUGAAGCCCAAAAACAAGACCAGUUCAAAACGCCAGCUACACAAAACGGCUGAGGAUGAGUCAGAUUCUGAAGAUGACGAAAUAGAAGAUGAGAAUGAAAAUUCAGAAGCGGAAGUUGAUGAAAGUGAUGAAGAUAUGGAAGAAGCUGAAGAUGACAGCGAGGAGGAUCAAGAUGAAAGUGAGGAAGAGCAAGAUUCAGACGAAGAAUCCGACAAUUUGAAGGUUCAAAAACUUAAUGACCUAGAUAGUGACAGUGACUCGAACGAGGAGGAUAAUUUUUCGCCGGAAUCCGAUGACAAUGACGAAAACGAUGAUUUACUUCCCAUCGAGAAAGAAAGUAAGAAAUUAAAGAAGCGACAAGAGAAAGAAGAUAAGCUCGCCGAAGAAGAACUCCAGUUAAAUAUAGCCAAUCAGGAGAAAUUUAUCUUCCCCGCUAAAGGUUCCGAAGAUGAUGUGAAAAGUUUACAAGACGUUCAACAAAGAAUACGGGAGAUCGUUUCGGUACUAGCCGAUUUUAAAAAGUUGAGAGAUGGAAAACAUUCCCGAUCCGAUUAUCUGGAAAUCCUAAAAAACGAUUUAUGCACUUAUUACAGCUACAAUGAGUUCUUAAUGGACAAACUGCUUCAACUAUUUCCUUUAUCGGAGUUACUAGAAUUUCUAGAGGCAAGUGAAGUGCAGAGGCCGCUUACUAUAAGAACAAACAGCCUCAAAACGCGACGUAGGGAUUUGGCCCAAGCUCUAAUAAGCAGAGGCGUUAAUCUAGAUCCCAUUGGAAAAUGGAGCAAAGUGGGGCUCGUAGUUUAUUCAUCCCAGGUACCGAUGGGAGCUACUCCGGAAUAUUUAGCAGGCCACUAUAUAAUCCAGGGUGCUUCAAGUAUGCUUCCCGUAAUGGCUUUAGCUCCACAAGAAAAUGAAAGAAUUUUAGACAUGUCCUCGGCCCCCGGUGGUAAAGCUUCACAUAUAUCCGCCAUUAUGAAAAAUACAGGGGUUCUUUUUGCCAAUGAUAUAAAUCGAGACAGGAUAAAAGCCGUCGUCGGUAAUUUCCAUAGAAUGGGAAUUAUCAAUUCUGUUAUAACAUGCAUGGAUGGAAGAAACUACCCCCAAUAUAUGAAGGGAUUCGAUAGAGUGUUGUUAGAUGCACCUUGCACAGGUACUGGAGUAGUAGCCAAAGAUGCUAGCGUGAAGACAAGCAAAGACGAGAUCGAUAUACAAAGGUGUUAUAAUCUUCAGAGACAGUUACUUUUAGCUGCUAUCGAUUCUGUUAGCGCUAAAUCUUCCACAGGGGGUUAUAUUGUUUAUUCGACUUGCUCAGUAUUACCGGAGGAAAACGAGUGGGUAAUAGAUUUCGCACUGAAGAAGCGUAAUGUGAAAUUGGUAUCUACAGGACUCGAUUUUGGAACUGAUGGUUUCGUUAACUACAGGCAUUACAGAUUUCACCCGACGCUUAAACUAACCAAGCGAUUUUAUCCGCACACUCAUAACAUGGAUGGCUUUUUCGUUGCUAAACUCAAAAAGUUUUCGGAUGUUAUUCCAAAAUCGAGUAACGAUACUGAUGAACCUGCUGAAGAUAUCGAAGAUUCUAAAAGGGCUGCAGAGGUGUCUGACGAAGAAGAGGAAAUUGAGAGUCCUAAAAAGAAAGCCAAAAUAUCUGAAAAUGGGGUAAAUGUCCCUACUAAAUUAAACGGUAUUGAGAAGAAAACAAAAAAGCUGGAUAAGAAAAUAAAAUUAGUAAAGGGUACUAAAGAAAAAGUCCAAAAGAAGAAAGCGAAAAUCGUUAACCAAGAACAAAUCUCUGAAGAAGAAUCUAAUAAUACUAAAAAAAAGAAAAGGUCCAAAAAAGCUGACAAGUUAGAUAAUUCUAAGACUAAAAAUGAUAACCAGGCGAAUAAGAAAGUUGAAGGUAUAAGUAAAACGAAUAAUGUCAAAGCAAAAAAUAAAAAAUCAGAAAAUAUGAAAAAUAUUUCCAAGGAAUCAAAAAUUAAAAAUCAAGCAAGCCCCUCAUUAGAAAGGGUUGAUGAUUCAACAGAAAAGGAUAAAGGAAAAAAUAAAAACAAAAAUAAAAAACUGCAAAAUAAAGCAGUCGAUAAAAAAUCGAAAAUAUCAUCCAGUAAGAAAUCAGAUUUAAUAGAAUGGACUGAUGUUCCCAUGGAUGCAGCGAAAAAAAUUUCCAACAAAAUGAAGAAGAACACUAAGAAGACUAUUGGCAAACUAAAGCCCCGGAAAUCGGAUAAAAGCAGUAAAAAGUUUAAGAAUAAAAAAUAGGCAAAUUUGUUUACGGUUAAUCUAAGUCCACUGUUUGUUUGGCAUUUAAUAUAAAUAUUUU